UUGGCUGCUAAACGCGCCAAAAAUUCUUCUAGUCUCUCUUUUCCAGCAGUUGCCAUGGCAUAUGCGACUGCAAAUCUUCUUCAUUUCUCAACCCCUCGUAUCCAAUUCAGAAACCCUUAUUCUUCAAGAACCCUAAAUAUUGUCAACUUAGUAUCACCUUUACCAUCAUCAUCAUCAUUUUCAAUUUCAUCCCGGCAACAAUUGAAGUUAUUUCGACCUAAUUUCACUAAACCUGGAAGAAAAAGAUUUCAUUUCUACACAGAAGCUUAUGCAGCUGCUCCAUCUUCUGAUUCAAAUAUCAACAGUGAACCAAAACCAGAAGAAUCAAAUUCUUCUUCAUCAGAUACUAAUCGUUCUCCAAAUGUAAUUACUUGGGGUCUUAUUUGGAGUCUUAUGCUUCGGCAUAAACUCCGCCUCGCAAUAUCGAUUGCUACGCUCAUUGGUUGCACUACUUGUACUCUUUCUAUGCAAAUCUUUUCUGGACAAUUUUUUGAAGUACUAAUUGGAGCAAGGCCGGAGCCUUUGUGGAAGUUGCUUAGUAGAAUUGGAGUUCUUUAUAUUAUGGAGCCAAUUUUCACUAUUUGUUUUGUAAUAAACAUGACUACUAUUUGGGAGAAUGUGAUGAUAGCAUUGAGAGGCCGUGUUUUUCGAAGAAUUUUGAUUCAGAAGGCAGAGUUUUUCGAUCGGUACAAGGUAUGAACAUAACAUUUUUCUUUUUCUUUUUUGUAUCCAAUAGCCUCUAUAAAUAAAAGUGUUUAUAUUUUUUAUUUUCCUGUCAUAUGUUGUGUAGCAAAUUGGAAAAUGCACAGGUCCGCAGUUUAAUUCUAAUUUGUUACUUAAUAAU